CAGAAAAAGGGGAACGGGGACGAUCGCGGCACUGCUGCGGAGCCUGAAGGAAGAGGAGGGGGGGAAGAAUGGGAGCUCUGACGUCAGCGCGGUGACGUAACAACCCGGCAUCGAGGAGGUGGAAGCCAGCCCCCCAAUUUUCAUUCUCUGUGAGAAGUAAGCGAGGAGGGAGCCCCCUCCCCCCCCGCCCCGGAGCCAUGGCGGCCGCAGGGGGCGGGGCCGCGCUAGAGGAGGAGAGCGAGGUGGUGCGCGUGCGCGUUAAGAAGAGUGAGGGCCUACAGCCCCCCGAGUUCCGCUCCUUCGCCGUCGAUCCCCACAUCACCUCCCUGGACGUGCUGCAGCGCAUCCUGGCGCGGGCGUUCGACCUGCAGGGGAAGCCGGGGUUCUCCGUGAGCUUCGCUCGCCGCGAGCCGUCGGGCCACGAGGCACUGGUGCCGCUAACGAGCGACGAAGACCUGGCGGCGGCUUUCGCCCACGCGCGUCCCGCGCUCCGCCUGCGCCUCGACGUGCGCGCGCCCGCAGAGAGUCCCGGCCUGGAGGACUGGGACAUCAUCAGCCCCCGCGAGGCGGCUGCCGCCGAGAGCCUUCCCGAGCGGCGCUCGCUGCUGGCGGCCGCCCUGCCCUUCACGCAGGCCCUGCUGGCGCAGGUGGGCCGGACGCUGGCGCGGGCGCAGGCAGCGCUCUCGUGGCCCGAGGGGUCUGCGUCGCCACCGCCCUGCGCCCCCCUGAGCGAUGCGGCGCUGCGCUCCUGCCUGGGCCCCGGUGGGCGCCUGCUGCGCCCGCACGACCUGCGCCUCCACGUCUUCCACGGCGGCGUCGAGCCCGGCUUGCGCAAGGUGGUGUGGCGUUACCUGCUCAACGUUUUCCCGGCGGGGCUGUCGGGGCAGGAGCGGCUGCAGCACCUCCGCUCCAAAGCCGAGGAGUACGCGGCGCUCAAGGCUCUGCUGGCGGCGCGGGCGGCACCGGCCGAGCUGGCGCUGGUGGCGGCUGCCGUGCGCAAGGACGUGGUUCGCACCGAUCGCGGUCACCCCUAUUUCGGGGGCCCCGAAGAAGGACACCCCCAUUUAGCUGCCCUGCAGGCGCUGCUCACCACCUUCGCCCUGGGCCACCCGCGCCUCUCGUACUGCCAGGGCAUGUCGGACGUGGCGGCGCCGCUGCUCGCCGUGCUGGACGACGAGGCCCAAGCGUUCCUUUGCUUCUGCGCCCUCAUGCGCCGCCUGGCGCCGCGUUUCCGCCCCGGCGGCCGCGGUUUGGCUCGCGCUUUCGCUCACCUCCGCCGUCUUUUACGUCGCGCUGACCCCGAGUUUUGGGCAUUUUUGGUCGCUCGCGGCGCUCACGAUUUGCUCUUUUGUUACCGGUGGCUUUUGUUAGAGCUGAAGCGAGAAUUUGCCUUCGAAGACGCGUUGAGGGUCUUGGAGAUCACGUGGAGCUCGUUGCCGCCGGCACCGCCGCCGCCGCCGCAUGGCGUCGCCCUCCUGGGAGCCCCGCUGGGGCCGCGGCGAGCGCAGAGAGGCCUGAGGGAGCGACGAGGGCUGCGCCCGCGGCCACCACGGCGACACCGCCGCCGGCAGCUCCAGAAGGAACGAGGGGAAAAGGAGGAUCUCGGUGACACCGGCGAGGCUGGAGGGAAAGCAAAGAGCUCCAGCGAUGGCCAGGAGGGUUCUGGGAGCUCCAGGGAUGGCCAGAAAUGUCCCAGGAGCUCCGAGGAUGUCCAAGAGAAUCCCAAGAGCUCCAGGGGUGGUCAAGAGGGUUCCGAGAUCUUCAGUGAUGUCCAGGAGGGUUUUGAGAUCUCCAGGAGCAUCCAGGAGGGUAUCGAGAGCUCCAGUGACAUCCAAGAUGGUUUUGAGACUUCCAGGAACAUCCAGGAGGAUCCCAAGCGCUCCAGUGAUGUCCAAGAUGAUUCCGAGGGCUUCAGGAACGUCCAGGAGGGUCCCAAGGGCUCCAGCGACAUCCAAGAUUGUUCCGAGGGCUCCAGGAAUGUCCGGGAGGGUCCCAAGAGCCUUGAGGGUGACCAAGAAGGUCGAAAGAGCUCCAGCAACAUCCAAGGUGGCUUCGAAAGUGACCCCAAGGAGCCUGGGGUCUCCGGGGACGUCCAACGUGGUCCUGGCAGCUCCUGGAAUGACCGAGAGGAUCCAAAGAUCUCCCAGGACGUCCUCAGCAGCGCCAAGGGCUCCAGGGAGGUGCGUGAUGCCCCAAAAGAGGUGGGGGAAGACCACAAAGAGGUGGUUGUUGCCCUCGAAGUGGUCGGUGAUGCCUCCAGCUCCCCCGGUGAGGUCAGUAGAGACCUCCAAGUGAGAUGCGAUGACCCCAAAGAUGUUGGUGAAGUCCUCAGAGAGGUUGGAGAAGCCCCCAAAGAGGUGGGUGAUGCCCUCAAAGACGUUGAAGAAGCCCUCAAAGAAAUUGAGGCUGUUAAAGAGGUUGGAGAAAUCCCCAAAGAUAUUGGUGGUGGUCUCAAAGACAUUAGUGAUGCUUUGGAAGAGGCUGAAGCCCUCAAAGGCAUUAGAGAAGUCUCCAAAGGCAUUGGUGAUGUUCUCGAAGACAUUGGAGAAGCCUCCAAAGAAGUUGAACCCCCCAAAGACAUUAGAGAAGCCCCCAAAGAUAUUGGCGAUGUCUUUGAAGAGGCUGAAGCCCUCAAAGGGGUUAGAGAAGCCCCCAAAGACGUUGAUGAUGCCCUCACAGACAUUGAAGCCCUCAAAAAGGCUGGAGAGGGCCCUAAAGAGGUGGGUGAUGCUCUCAAAGACAUUGGCCGAGUCCCCAAAGAGGUGGUUGGAGCCCCCAGAGAGGUGGUUGAAGCCCCCAAGAUGGUCUGCGAUGAUCCCAGCACCAACCCGGAGGCUUCUGCUGCCCUGGAGGACCCAUGGGGUGGCGGUUGGGUCUGGGAAGACUCCUGUUCUUCCUCUUCUUCAUCCUCAUCAUCUUCAUCCUCGGAGGAGGAGGUGGGCCUGGAGGACGACGGAGCGCCGUUGCCGCCGCCGGAAGAGCUUGGCCAAGGCAACCCCUUCCUGCUCUUCGUCUGCUUGGCCAUGCUGCUGGAGCAACGCGAGGCCGUGAUGGCGCGGGCCAGCGACUACAACGAGGUGGCCAUGCACUUCGACCGCCUGGUGCGGCGACACCACCUGCCCCGCGUCCUCCGGCGCGCCAAAGCCCUCUUCGCCCGCUACCUCGAGGGGUGGGGAGGUGGCCAUGGUGUGGGGGGAACCCCAGGCCCAGGGGAUGACGGCUAGGGGGCUUUUGGGGACCUUCUCAGGAGGUCCUGGAGGGGGCCGAGGUGGGGUUGGGUUAUUGAGGGGUUGAGAUAUGGGGUCUGGGAGCUCCUCAGGAGGUCCAAGAGGGGUCUGAGAUAGGGUUGGGGUCUCAGGUGGUUGAGAAAUGGGGUCUGGGGGCUCCUCAGGAGGUCCAGGAGGGGUCUGAGAUAGGGUUGGGGUCUCAGGGCGUUGAGAAA